GCUGCGGAGCCGCGGGGCGGGGUGGGCAGGAGGACCGGCCAACCGUGGGGUGCGGGAUCCAGAGUGUGCGUGUGUGUGUCUCUACGGGAAGGAAGGUGGCGAAGGGAGGAGAGUCCGAGUGGGUGGAGGGAGGGGAAGGGCGGGAGAAGAAGAAGGUGGGAAGAGAGCCAGGUGGGAGGGUGGCGACUCACUCAGGAUCAGGACCCAGUGGGGGCAGCGCGAUGAGGCGGGUGACCCUGUUCCUUAACGGCAGCCCCAAGAAUGGAAAGGUGGUUGCUGUAUAUGGCACUUUAUCUGAUUUGCUUUCUGUGGCCAGCAGUAAACUUGGCAUAAAAGCCACUAGUGUGUAUAACGGGAAAGGUGGACUGAUUGAUGAUAUUGCUUUGAUCAGGGACGAUGAUGUUUUAUUUGUGUGUGAAGGAGAACCAUUCAUUGAUCCUCAGACAGAUUCCAAGCUACCUGAAGGGUUGUCAGGGUCUCACACAGACUGGCUUACAUUAAAUGUUGGAGGGCGGUACUUCACAACUACACGGAGCACUUUAGUGAAUAAAGAGCCUGACAGUAUGCUGGCCCACAUGUUUAAGGACAAAGGUGUCUGGGGAAACAAACAAGAUCAUAGAGGAGCUUUCUUAAUUGACCGAAGUCCUGAGUACUUUGAACCCAUUUUGAACUACUUGCGUCACGGACAGCUCAUUGUAAAUGAUGGCAUUAACUUACUGGGUGUGUUAGAAGAAGCCAGAUUUUUCGGUAUUGACUCACUGAUUGAACAGCUAGAAGUGGCAAUAAAGAAUUCUCAACCACCAGAGGAUCAUUCACCAAUUUCUCGAAAGGAAUUUGUCCGAUUUCUGCUAGCCACUCCAACCAAAUCAGAAUUGCGUUGCCAGGGUUUAAACUUUAGUGGUGCUGAUCUUUCUCGUUUGGACCUUCGAUACAUUAACUUCAAGAUGGCCAAUUUAAGCCGCUGCAAUCUUGCACAUGCUAAUCUCUGCUGUGCAAAUCUUGAACGAGCUGAUCUCUCUGGAUCAGUGCUUGACUGUGCUAAUCUCCAGGGAGUCAAGAUGCUGUGUUCUAAUGCAGAAGGGGCAUCCCUGAAACAGUGUAAUUUUGAAGAUCCUUCGGGUCUUAAAGCCAAUUUAGAAGGUGCUAAUCUAAAGGGCGUGGACAUGGAAGGAAGUCAAAUGACAGGAAUUAACCUGAGGGUCGCUACCUUAAAAAAUGCAAAGUUGAAGAACUGUAACCUCAGAGGAGCAACUCUGGCAGGAACUGAUUUAGAGAACUGUGACCUUUCUGGGUGUGACCUUCAAGAAGCCAACCUGAGAGGUUCCAACGUGAAGGGAGCUAUAUUUGAAGAAAUGCUGACACCACUACAUAUGUCACAAAGUGUCAGAUGAGACUUUUAGGGCCCGAGGAAGAUGCUCAAGAUGAAAAAUGUUUUCCUUAUCACUUUUAUGUCUCCACUCACUCAGAUGUCUAGAAGAAAUAACACUGUAAGGAAAUUUAAACAAACAUUUAGAGGAUCAUGCUUGUUCUCAGUGGUGCAUAAGGGAAAAAAGUGACUUUUUCCCCAUUCUGGUUUUAACCAAGAAGCACUCAUUUACUAGAGGUAGGGAAGCGAGGUUAGACUGCUGCCUUUCGAGUGGAGCAGGGGGCAUGCCUGGCUUUAUGACCAGGAAUAGUAUCUAUUAUAUUUGCUUUUAAAUAGGCAUGAUGUGGAAAUAUCAUCUUGGUUUAAAAUGCAUUUGAGGAUUUUAAUUUAUGAGAAGCACAACAUAGGCAAUUGUAUUUAUUGAGUCUCUAGAUGCAUAUGGAUAUUUAAAUUGUUAAAACUUUUUGAAAAAUGUCAAGAGGUUGUUCAGGUUUAUAAAAAGCUUUAGUGACGCCUCCCUACUUUACCUAUCACACUGUGUGAAUGUGGUGAGGUCAGACUCCCCAAGGCUCUUUUCAGGAUCAUUUUUAUAAUGUUUAUUUUUUUAGAACAAAAUAGUAGCUGAGUUAAAGAAAUCCUCCAUUCUUACUGGUGGAGACAAAGCUGAAGGAAAGACAUCACUGUCAGCUGAAGUUACAGUGGAGCUCUGUAGAUGGAGGAAGAAUCCACCUAGAGCAACAACUUUUGAAGGAGCCUUCUUCCAGAUUUCAUUCUCAGCAAGUUCCACUCAGCGCCAGACCAGGCCAUUGUAUGUAUUUACACUACCACACUAGUUUCCUCCUGGACAGUCCAAACAAGCAUAGGAAGAUACUUCAAAACCAAAAAACCAAGGUGUGUUACUGUUUAAUUCAGUGGCCAAACAGUUUAAACAGGGCCAGCUUAGAAACCGAUACUAAGUCUCAAUCCACUGCAAUCCAGGCUACAAAAUAUGGAUGGAUAUGGCCAAGUCCUCCUCUAGAAGGCAGCACAGUGUAACUGCAGCUGAAACCCUACAGUGGGGAAUGAGGGGUUUAAAACUGACUAUUCGAUUAUAGCCACCAAAAAACGUAAAUAAAAAUAAAAGCAUUUGGCUGGUCCAAAAUGUAAUACCAGUUGCCCAGCACCUGUGGUUCUUUAACUUCUAUUUUCUGGUUUGGUUUUGUUUUAAUAAGUUUUAGUCUGAUUUUCUGGAGUCAUUAUCUGCAGCAGCAGAGAUAGGGCCUGUACUUCCUGCCAGUAAGCGGUGUCCUUACGUCUGCCCAGGAGCAGGGUAUAAGCUGUGUCCAAAUGGAUUCUGAAUUCUCCAGACCCAUCAGGUUGGGCAGUGAAUCAUUAGAAACCACUUGGUCUCCUUUGGGCGGAUGACAUGUCUUGAAUAUUUACAUAGCUUAUUCUUCUAUAUAGACAUAUGCAAAGCUUUCCUCCCAGUAAAGGGUAUAUAUGCACAGUGGGAGGAGACCAGACCUUUACAGGUAAAGGAAAGCAACUUCAGAAAUGAAUUAUUUUCUUUGCUUUAUUAUUUUUACCAAGAAAGGAAAAUAUUGUAUUGAGAGAGAUCUAUUUUCAUAAUCAAUAUGUGCCUAAAUUAUAUUUAAAUCAUUUCACUCUGUACUAUAUUUUCAAUAAUUAUAGACUGUUCUUCAUCCACUUAAGGGUACCUCUGUAGACAUAGCCUAAGAGUGCAGAAGAAUCUGAAAGAUGAAACAUGAUAUUCCUAGAACCUGCAGAGUUCGGGUCUAAUGUAUCCUGCAUUAAUAAACAAUGUGAAAUGUUGGAAA